GAUAUUAUUCCACCCUCUUGUGCCUGGUGUCACAACUCAGAGGCUGCUGUCUGCCUAGGAAGUUCUAGAAAGUUGUGUAGACCUUCUCUGUCUGUCCUACAGGACCCCUUGUUCCAGAUCCUUGUCUGAUGGCUUUUGUGAAAAACUAUCUCCUCCCCAUUCUGGGGAUCUUCUUGGCCUACUACUAUUAUUCUGCAAAUGAGGGAUUCAGACCAGAGAUGCUCCAAGGAAAGAAAGUGAUUGUCACAGGGGCCAGCAAGGGGAUUGGAAAAGAGAUAGCCUAUCAUCUGGCGAAGAUGGGAGCCCAUGUGAUGGUGACAGCAAGGUCAGAAGAAGCUCUAAAGAAGACAGUAUCUGACUGCCUGGAGUAUGGGGCAGCCUCAGCAUACUACAUUGCUGGCACCAUGGAGAACAUGACCUUCGCAGAGCAAUUUGUUGCGAAAGCUGAAAAGAUCAUGGGAGGACUAGACAUGCUCAUUCUCAACCACGUCAUCGAAACUUCAUUGAAACUAUUUACUGAUGAUAUCCAUUUUGUGCGCAAAAGUAUGGAGGUGAACUACCUCAGUUAUGUGGUCCUGAGUGUGGCUGCUUUUCCCAUGCUGAAGAAGAGCAACGGAAGCAUUGUCGUUGUCUCCUCGAUGGCUGGGAAAACAGCUUGUCCACUUAUUACUCCCUAUUCUGCAAGCAAGUUUGCUCUCGACGGGUUUUUCUCCUCCAUCAGGAAGGAAUACGCAAUGACCAAGGUCAAUGUGUCAGUCACUCUCUGUAUCCUCGGCCUCAUAAACACAGAUUCAGCCAUGGAGGCAAUUUCUGGGAUACUCAACUUAGAAGCAGCUCCAAAAGAAGACUGUGCCCUGGAGAUCAUCAAAGCGGGCGCUCUGCGCCAAGAGGAGAUGUAUUAUGACACAUCCUGGUUGGUAAGGACCAGUCUCCUGCUGAACCACCUGGGCAGGAACUUCAUGGAAUCUCUCUCCCUAAGAUAUUAUAAUAUAACAAAUUUAUAAACAACUAGGAACUCCCUUUGGGCUGGGCAUGACAAGGGAGGUUGGGACUGUUCUGCCUGAUAUUCAUCUAAGCUCCAUCCAUAAUGGCAUCUCCCCUGAGAAAUAAAUGUAUCUACCCAGAGAGUUGGAAGUUAUACCUCACAUCUGAUCAUUUGAAAGAGUUCCUCUAACACUUGCACAAUAAACACGUAAUCAUAAUACAUGUCAUUGACCUGCA